UACUGGCACUGAUAUCUGUACUCGUGUCAAUCCGUGUCUAUGACGUUAUGCACCGAAAGCUGCCGAAGGGUCUCGAAAACAAACGACAACUUCGCUGGUUGGAUGAACUCGGCAGAAUAGCCAAUGCCAUGGAGCACUUGAUGGAACGACUUGGACUUGACCCGACAGUUACACCCGUCAAGACUGUGGUCAACAAGGCGCUGUCUCUGAUCCUCAACCCGACACCGUGGAUCAAUCACUUCCCGAACAUUGAGAUGACGCCGGGCGAGUAUGCCGGAGUUCCGAUGAGCGUGUACAGGAAAAUGAGCGAGUCAGCCGAUCACGUGACACCUCGUCCAGUAUUCAUCUACUUCCACGGAGGGGGGUGGACCUGGUUCUCUACAGAAGCUUAUGAUCUCCCGAUGCGUCAUUUAGCAAACAGUACCGGUUUCAUCGUUAUCGCCGUAGACUACAGGACCGCACCUCAACAUCCGUUUCCGGCGGCGUUUGAGGACUGCCUAGCUGUGACGAGAUACGUCUUGGCUCACACCAACGAGCUUAAUCUGAGGAAGGACCUCGUCGUUGUGGCCGGGGACGGUUCUGGGGGGAACCUCGCUGCCGCCGUAUCCACUGUACUGGAAAAACAUAUCACCAUGCAAGUCCUGAUCAACCCUGCUCUCCAGAUGAUGAACUUCGCAACUCCGUCCUACCAGGACAACGCCAGACGACUUCCGGGACUGACGUCAUCGCAAAGAGAAGCGUCCCACUGGCUGAGAUAUGCAAAUUUGAGUAUGGCGUAUAGAACACAUCUGCUGAAAAACAGCCAUGUGUCGAAGGAGGUUCAAGAGGAGUUCAAGGAUUUUCUAGACAGUAACAAAAGACUUCCACGUUACUUAAAAGUGACCAACAAGACAACAAAGGGUUACAGAGAGUCGAAGUUGAAGAAAACUAAACAGUUUGACUCUCUGGUGUCGGACGCUACAUUCUCUCCCAUGAUGUUUGAGGAUGUAGAGAGCUUACCGAAUGCUUACGUCAUAACGUCCCAGUUCGAUGUAUUACGUGAUGAAGCCAUCAUGUUUGCCCAUCGCGUAUUAGACUCCGGGGUGAAGGUCAAACUAAACCACUAUCCCAAGGCAUUUCACGGAUUUUUUCUCUUUGCUGGAAACUCAUUUUGGAAUUUCCCGUCCAGUGAACAGGCUAUGAAAGAACUGGUUGACUUUAUAAAUUUUCAAUUUAUCAAAGUUGAAGGAGCAUAACUCACAAACAUACACACUCUCGCUCACUCUCUCUGUUAAAAACUAUCGUAUGAGACCCAAUUCUUACUGUGCUCUAGUGGUGUCGUUAAAUAAAACAAACGUCUUUUUCCAUCAAAAUGUGACGCACCGUCAGAAUACACUGAGGAUUCGUCUUCGGAAUGAAUGAAUGUGUUAAGUAUGUAUGACCGGCACAAGCGAAUUUAAUCAUUCCUGCACAGUCUGAAGGACUGCCACUCACAGAACUGGUUUGACAAAAUGAUGCUUGUUCGCAACCGCACCGUUCCAAUAAAGAUAUAUUGAUUAGUGACAUGUUUAAAAUUGAUGUAUGUCACACCAACCGUGACUUGAGGCAAAUCUAAUGUAGAUAUGGCAGCUGAAUCUGCCUUUUCAGUACCGCUUAUGCCAACAAUGUUAGCACACACACCCGUCAAAAAACAACAAAAAAACUACCCACAAAUAUAAUAAUAAUAAUAAAGCUUAACUUUGAAUGCAUAAAGGAACGUCA